AUGAUUCAGACCACAACCAACCAGCAGCGAUCUUCAGGGUCUUUUCCCAGAAGCAAGAAAUCGCAAAGAAACACAACAAAUUCAUCGAAGCUCCCACAGAGGCUGAUUCUCAAUCCACCCAAGCCACCCCAACACCCAAAACUCGCACUACGUUCUUCUAAGCAACCGAUUUUCAACCGAUUAGCUGGGGAUUGGAUGGACUUUACGCUUAUUGGAAACGGCCAAGACGCACCCUACCAUUAUGGUGACAUAUGCAAAGUGCAAGCGAUUAUGAAAAUCUUUAAUGGGUCAUCUAGUACAACGAGUAGCGGAGUUGGAGGUGUGGAGAAGCACGAGUCUAUAGAUGUCGAGAUGACUAUGGUAGACACAGAGCUGGAUGACCAUACUCGUGUGGAACAGGAGAUGAAUGACAUUCUGCAAGAAGCUCUGGACUGUCCGCACUGUGAGAAAACCAUGCAUUUCGAACCCGAGGCCAUGGAAUCAGACAUUCGUCUUGGUAUUUACCGACGCUCUGAAGAUCCACCAUUCGUCCUCAACCAACCACGCGAGGAAAUCGCCCCAGACGAGAUGCCACAAGAGGUUUGGGAACCGGGGUACCUCAAUCUCGCGACCACAGCUCAGCAAGAAAAAUAUCUCCAACUAGUCUCGCAGCACAUUGACCGCAACCGAGCCAACAAGGCCUUCAUUGGUAUGGACGACAUUGACCAAGGCUACGAAUCGAAAUUCGCGUUCUAUUGCGUUGACUACCACAUUCACCAACAUUAUAUUCAUCGACGCAGCGUCCUCAAUCUAUGUCGGACAAACGACGAAAUGGAUGAUUUUCGCUAUUGGAAAUAUAAGCUGGCACUCUGGACAGCCCAGCAAAACAGUCGACCGCAGGAAGAAUCGCGUGAUAUAAUAGUUCAAACCAUUCCUGUGGACGAUGAAACAGCAUCGGAGCCAGCUUCUGCCACUACGAGCCCUCCAGCCAUCGUGAUAGAGUCUGAAUCCUCAACAUUAAACCCAUUCACCACACCUCCAUCGUCCCCAAUAUCCUCCGUGUUCUCUUCCCCUUUAUCAUCUCCAUCGACCGCCGCCUCUUCGCCUCCCGGCCUACUAUCAUUCCCACUUCCACCACCCGCCAUCCUUCCCUGGCCAAAUCAGCAAUUCACAUUAUCCGCCCAGAUCACCCUGCACCGCCGGCUAACCAACCCGCGCGAAAGAGCAGGACAUGUCCGCGCCGCCCACAAACGAUUUCAGAGUAUUAUGGAAGAGCGCGCGAUCCAGCGGCGCGAGGGUCUGGCGAAAGCCGAGUAUCAGGCUACUAUCGCUUGGAACAGAUGGCAACUUGGUAAAGGCGGUCCUUUGGCGAUAACCAGGGAAGGAGAGAUCGGCGAAUUACUGCAACGAUUCAGUCGUUGA